GGUUGGUUCAAACCAGUGUGGAACUGUCCUCAUUUGCGAACAGAGAAAAAAGACACUUCAUGUAUGAGUCAACAAGUCCUGCAGCUGAGCUUAUUUCUGUUUCCAGCAGAGUGACAGUAUGGCUUCAGCAUCCAUGUCUGAGGGGAUAAAUCCUAGAAGACGCAGGAACAGCUAUGAAUUCCUGCCACCCUACAUGUCAGAGCUGCGCAUGGUUGUGCUGGGGGGUCGCUGGUCUGAGCAGAGUUCAGUUUUAAAUUUCCUGCUGGGGGAGGCUGCAUUCACCACUAAAGAAGAACUGAACCACUGUGUGAGAAUCCGUGGACUGAUUCAGAACACAGAAACAGUUCUUGUCAACAUGCCAGAUGUAUUGUCUCCAAACCAGUCUGAAGACCAGAUAAGAGAACAUGUAGAAAACUGUGUGAAACUGUGUUCUCCUGGACCUCAUGUGUUCCUGCUGGUUCUGCAGCCUGAAGACUUUACUGAACAACACAAACUGCUGCUCUGCACAGUCCUCCAACUCUUCAGUGACGAAUCUUUUAAUCAUUCACUGCUUCUCAUAUCAGAAUCCAGAACACAGAGUUUAUAUCAGACCUACAUCUACUUACGUCGCCCACCUUUACAGGACAUGAUCAGACGAUGCAGAAAAAAUGCCCUGAGGAUGAAAGUCCACAAACCUUCUGACUUGCUUAGAAACAUAAAAGAAAUCAUAGAGCUGAACAAAGGAAGACAUGUAAUCUGUCACAGUGUGAACCCAAGGAGAGAUCCCAUACCUCUGGAAUCUGCUCCAUCUGGUGGAUGUGGAAUUAGCAUCAUGCUUUUUGGAACAAGUCAGUCAAUGAAAACAGUACUCUGUAACUUCAUUAUGAAGAAAAAAGACCUGGAUUUUGCAAGAUCUUGGAAAACCAGCCAGGUUUUCCACGGAAGAUGGAGAGGAACGAGCUUGAUAAUUCAGAAAGCUCCAGAAAGUCUGAAAAUAACGAGAGAGGAGAUGGAAAAGUGCUUCUGUCCUCCUGGACCAAAUGUUUUGCUGCUCUUGGUCAAGCCUUCUGACUUCACAGAGAAGGAUAGAGAGAGUCUGAAGUCCAGCCUGACUUUGUUUGGUAAAGAUGCCUUUAAGCACACUAUGGUCAUCGUAACACAUGAAGGUGAUGAAACAAACUCCUCUUUGCGGGAGCUCCUUAAAGAAUGUGAGGGAAGACAGUACAACAUGUAUGAACGUGAUCAUCAGCAGCUAAUGGAGAAGAUGGAAAAAAUUGUGCAUGAAAACAAAGGAACCUUCCUCACUAUCACAGGAGAGAUGAGAAGAGCCAAGUGUGAACAGGUGAAAGCAUCUUUAAACUUGGUUUUGUUUGGGAGGAGAAGAGUAGGGAAGACUUCAGUAGCCAAGGCCAUUUUAGGUCAGACAGAGCUUCAUUCAGCCUCCAGUUCAUCACAGUGUGUUAAACAUCAGGGAGAGGUGUGUGGACGCUGGCUUUCGCUGGUGGAGAUGCCUGCCUUGUAUGGAAAGCCUCAGGAGGCAGUGAUGGAGGAGUCACUCAGGUGUGUCUCCCUUUUUGAUCCUGAGGGGGUCCAUGCCUUCAUCCUGGUCCUACCUGUGGGUCCCCUCACUGAUGAAGAUAAGGGAGAGCUGCAGACCAUCCAGAACACAUUCAGCUCCCGAGUCAAUGACUUCACCAUGAUUCUGUUCAUGGUGGAGUCAGAUCCUGCAGCUCCAGCUGUUGCUGACUUCAUUGGAGGCGAUAAAAACAUCCAGGAGCUCCAUCAGAGCUGUAGAGGACAAUCUGUUGUUCUCAACAUCAAUGACAAGCAACAGAUCCCAGAGCUGCUGGGUGCUGUGGAGGAGAUGCAAGCUGACCAGAACAACUCUUAUACAACCCAAACCUUUGCAUGUGCACAACUGGAUCAAAAUGUACAACUGCGUGCUGAACUUUUGGAGCUCAAAGCAAAGAUGACCGUAACUGCUGAUGAAGAGAAGCAGAGUCCAGAGAGUCUCAGGAUUGUGCUGAUUGGGAAGACCGGCAAUGGAAAGAGCUCCUCUGGGAACACCAUUUUGGGAAGAAAAGAGUUUGAAACCAAAUCAAGUCAAAACACAGUCACAAAGAAGUGCCAUAAGAAAAAGACAGAAGUGGAUGGACAUCCUGUGUUUGUGGUUGACACUCCUGGUCUGUUUGACAACAGUUUAACCCAUGAAGAAGUUCAGGAGGAGCUGAUGAAGUGCAUCCACCUUCUGGCUCCAGGACCACAUGUCUUCCUAUUGGUGAUACACAUCAGGCGAUUUACACCUGAGGAUAAGGAGACCUUACAGCAUAUCAAAAAAGUGUUUGGGAAGAAUUCUGAGAAGUUCACCAUCAUCCUUUUAACUGGAGGAGAUAACUUGCAAUAUGAUGGACAGAACAUUGAUGAGUACAUUGAAAAGGAAACUGAUGAUUCCUUCAAGAAGUUAAUCUCUGACUGUGGAGGGAGAUACCACGUUUUUAAUAACCGCGUUAAUGAGCGCUCACAGGUCAGUGAGCUGACAAGAAAGAUCAACACCAUGGUGAAGGAGAAUGGAGGCAGUUGUUUCACCAAUGAGAUGCUGCAGCAAGCUGAAGCAACAAUGAAGAAAGAAAUUCAGAGAAUUUUGAAAGAGAAGGAUGAGGAAAUUGAGAAACUGAGGGAAGACAUGAUGAGACAACAUGAGGAAGAAAAGAAAGCCAUAAAGAGGAGGACAGAAGAAGAGAGAGCAGACAUAGAAAAAGAGAAAAAACUGAUAGAAAAGCAACUUCAAGACCUGGAAGAAAACAUUUUCAAAGAACAACAGCAGAAAAAGAAAGAACAGGAAAUUAGACAAAAAGAAGAGAGGAGAAGAAGAGAGGAGGAAGAACAACAGCAACAGAAGUGGGAAGAAGAACGAGAUACCUUGGAAAAACAAAUCAUGUCAGAGUCAGCAGAAAAACAAAUCAUAGACAAAAAACUGGAGAAGUUCAGACAAGAAAUAAAAGAAAAAAGAGAAGGCUGGGAGAAAGAACGAAAUGAGUGGUGGGCAAACAGAUACCGGGAAGACAGAGAGAGUCAAGAGAGGGAGGAAAGAAGGUUUAAAUGUCUCCAAGAAGAAUAUGAGAGGAAAAAAGACAUGCAUGAAAACAUACAAAGGAGAAAAGAACAAAGCAUGAGAGAAGCGCAUGACCAAGAAAAGAAAGAGUUGGAGGAAAGGUACAAGAAGAAAAUGGAAGACAUGGUCAAGACGUUCAGAGAGGAAGCCAGAAAACAAGCAGAGAUUAUAGAGAAAUACAAGUUCUACACUUCCUUCCUGAACGUUGCAGAUCAUACUGUUAAACCAUGCCAUGUCAUGUAGGUCUAUCAGGAUCAUGUCUGUUUUCUACUGAUACAGGUUUAUAUUUUCAUAUGUACAGGACCAUACAAUACUUCAAUCUGAGCUUUUUGGCUUUAUUGUCACAUUGCUCUAGAUGAUCAAUAACAAAGAAAAAUUUAACUCUUACAAACUUCCCACCAAGACUUUUUGUUUCUUUCCUUGUCGAGUAUAUUGUUAUUAUUGUUGUAUGAAAAAGUCUGCAUUGUUUCCCCAAGAUCAUCCUUCUCCUUUCAAUAAGCUGAAGCAGUGAACCAGGAGCCUACAUCCUGAUGGUGUGACAUACCUCACCUCAAAGAACACAAAAUCUUUGAUGUGAUACAUAUCAAACACAUGUUCAUCCAUUCCUCCAAGUAGUGAGGAAUGGAGACUUCUGCCAUUUCCUUGUAACAUAUUUAGUAGGUUUCUGUUGUCAGUGUGCCAGUUUUCUUCAGUUAUAUCACCCAGGUACACAGUUAUAAACAGAAAGGGAAUAUUUAUUCCAGUAUGGAUCUCUUCCAAGUAGGGUCUAAUAAACUGGCAGCUCCAAAAAGAUAUGAAUGUGGCCAGCUUCCAUGGUCCCACGGAGUCUCCAACAAGCAUCACCCUUAUCCCAGUCCUGUUUUUGGAUGGGUGUAAUAAAAAAUCUCAAUGUUUUUCCAACAGAACCCAGUCCAUAUGUUUGACGAUGUUGAUUCACUGUAAAUCACAUCAUUCCUGCCAAUUCUCAACAGCGAUCAAUGUUUCCCCUUCUUUUCCCCUGCUUCCUCCUUAUGUAGUGUAAUGUCUAGUUAUUAACAUCAUGUAGGUAGUACAAUCACAUUAAGCAAAUUUAA